AUGCCAAUAGCUCGAGAUCGUGUUGAACAAUUACAAGUACAAAAAUUAAUUUAUGCUGUACGAACAGAAGAUGUUGAACAAGUACAAAAAUUAUGUGAGAAAGGUGUUGAACAUCUUGUGAAUUAUAAUGAUCCACAAAAUGGAAUGACAGCACUUAUAGCGGCUGUAACACAAAAUAAUGAAAAAAUGAUACAAUUUCUUUUACAACUUGGUGCACAUCCUGAUGUUAUUGAUUUUACUGGUCGUACAGCUGUUAUGCAUGCUGCUGAAUAUGGUCAUAUAAAUGCUUUACAAUUAUUACGUGAUGCUAAAGCUAAUCCAAAAAUUCAAGAUCUUGAAGGACGAGAUGCAAUUUAUUAUUGUUUUACUGAACCAACACAACGACAUAAAGCAUGUUUAAAAAUUUUAAUUGAAAUGGGUGCUGAUGUUAAUAAUCGUGCACGUAAUGGUAUACCAAAUUUGGUACAUGCUUGUUUAAAAUCUGAUGAACAAGAAGAUUUUUGUAUUGAUCUUAUUCGAGCAGGAGCAAAUGUUCAACUUGUUGAUGAAAAAACAAAACGUACAGCUUUACAUAAUGCUUGUUUAUCAGGAAAUGCAAAAGUUGUACGAGAACUUUUACGUGCAAAAGCUGAUCCAAAUGUUUUAGAUAGCAAACAAUCAGCACCUGUUCAUGAAGCAGCUAAAGGUGGUCAUUUUGAGGUUAUUCAAGUUUUAUCUGGUUUUGGUGCUAAAUUUGAUGUAUAUGAUGCACUUGGUAAUAAUCCAAUUCAUUAUGCUGCAUCAUCAAAUGCUGGUACUGCAAUUCGAUUUUUGGGUCAACGAGGUUGUAAUCCAAAAGCUAAAAAUCUCGAAGGACUUAUUCCAAAAAAGAUUGCCGAUCAAAAUAAAGCAAAAGAUGCAAAAAAAAAUAUGCGAAAAGCAGAAAAAGGCUAUAAUGAUAUGACAACAAAUUUACGUCCAGAUGAAUUUCGUGAUUGGAAAUUAAUGCUUUAUGAUUAUGUAUAUGAAAAUCAAGAACGACUUGAAAAAAUCUUUGAAGAACUUGAUAUUGCUGAACCAAAAACGGGUGUUAUACCAACGGAUGGUUUUAAAAAAGUUCUUGAAGAUGAAACUUAUUUUUCAUUUCUUAAACCAGAUGAUAUUAAAGAUAUUUGUGAAAAACAUGAAAAAGAUCGAAAUGAAUUUGAUUAUAAAGCAUUUUUAACUGGAAAGAAAUAUUUAACAAAACCUUAUUUAAUGGCUGCAUUUGCAGGAAAAAAAAAGAAAAAGAAGAAACCAAAAAAAGCUAAAAAACAAAAAGGUGCUCUACCAAUUGCUAUUCAAGAUGAAGGUCCUAGAACAGCUAAUGGUAAUCCACCAGUAAUCUAUGCACCACAACAUGUUCAUUAUACAGACAAUACAAGAUUUUCACGAGAUAAUUUACCGAAAAACCCUUUAGAAGAUGAUUCACCAUGGUAUUUAGAUAAACCUGAUAGAGGUUAUGUUAAUUUAUGUGAUGCUGCUUAUCGAGGUGAUUUACAAACUUUAUUGGAUGCAUUUAAACGAGGCACACAAGUAGAUGUAACAGACAAAUUUAUGAAAACACCAUUAAUGGUGGCAUGCGCUCAUGGUGAUCUGAAAACAGUUCGAUUUCUUCUUACAUGCGGAGCUGAUGUUAAUAUAGUCGAUAAUUUUAAAUGGACACCACUUCAUCAUGCUGCACAUAGUGGUAUUCUUGAUGUUGUUCAAGUAAUUGUUGAAGCCGGUGGAGCAAUAAAUGCUGAAUCAUUAACAAAAGCAACCCCAUUAAUGCGUGCUAUUGAAAGUUCAUCAUUUCCAGUUUGCGAAUAUCUUAUUAAUAAAGGUGCUAAAGUUACACAUGAAAAUAUUUCCGGUUUAGAACCAUUAACUGUUGCUGCCGAAUUUGCUGAUCCACGUAUUUAUCAUUUAAUUAAUGAAAAAGUUAAUGCUACCAGUGGAGGUAAACCUAAAAGUGCAGCAGGAAAAAAAAGUGGAUCAGCAUCAACAAAGAAACGACAUCAAUCACCAGCAAAAAGUACCAAAGCAGAUACAAAAGCAGCAGCAACUGUUCAACAAACACCAGCUGUUCAGCAACCACGACGUGGUUCUUUAUUACGUGCUGCUGCUGAAUUAGCUAAAUCAUUUGAAAAUACGGAAUCAAUUGCUUUUCAUCCAAAAACAAAAUGGACUGAUUUACCAACAACAAAAGAACUUUUACAUGAAAAAGGUGUUGUACGUGAUCGUCUUGGUUGGGAAGUUGAUUUUAGUGAUUUUAAAAUGCCAUUUAUGAGUAAUGUUAGUAAACGAUUAGAACAAAUGACAUUACCUGAAGUACAAAAUCCAACAACACCUCAAUUUGGAUCAUCUCGUGUCAUUGUUAAUCAAACUCCAACUCGUUUAAAUGCAUCAGCAAACAUUGCUGGUCAACAACAACAACAACAACAACAAAUUAAUCCUUAUCCUCCUCAAAUGCCUAUUGAUCUUUUUCAUACAAAUCUAACACGUUCAACUCCUACUGUUCCAUCAAAUCAAAUUGAAGUUCCAAAACCAAUUGAACAAACUCCAUUUCCUCCUUCACCUAUUCCAUUAACAAAUGGAAAUAAUAAUAACAAUAAUAAUAAUAAUAAUAAUAAUACUGAAGAUCCAACAUCAUCACUUAAACGACUUCUUAAUAUUCGUGGUCAAAAUGCUUUAGAAAAUCUUUCACUUGAUGAUAGUUCAGUUUUUACAAAACAACAAACACAACAACAAACUUUACUUGAUCUUAUGCCACCAUCAGCAUUCGAACCAAUAACAGCUACACCACCUUCACCUGUUGUUGCUAUUGGUGCUGAACGUACAAAACAUCGUUUAUCAACUCAAUUUGCACCAAUAAUGAGUCGUGAACAUUUUCGUAAUGUUCUUAUUCAUCUUGUUCAAAAUGAUGAUCAUUUUCUUGAUAUUAUCUAUCAAGCAUGUCUUACACAUCCACCAACAACAUCACAAUAA